AUGAAUUAAAUCUUAGUUAAAGACUACAUUUUUUAACUUUAGGCUCAUGAAGAAGUCGUGAAAAGGCUUUAAAAUAAUUUCGAAGCUUCCUAUCAUUUAAUUUUUGAUGCAGAUGAAGAGACUAAUGUUACAACCGCUAACUCUUUUUAGAGUAUUAAGUAGCUUGUUCAUAAAAAAUAAUACUCUGUAACACUAAAGAAUACAGGCCAAAUCGAUUUCAUUAUUGAUUUGAUUGGAGAUAAUAAAAACAUUCACACAUUAGCUAUCGAUUCUUAAAUUUUGAACUGCCUUCUUCAGACUAAGCUCUACUUGAUCAUAUUUCCUCUUUUAGAGCAAUUAUAUAUUAAAGAUACUGUUUAAAAUGUUACGAACGAUAUAUAAAUAGAAAAGUUUAACCUAAAAAUGAUAGUUCUAGAGAAAUUUGAUCCAGAGUACAAGUAGGAAUAUUCAUCUGUACAUGAAAUCAUCUCACUUUCUGAAAAAGUUUAAAUAUUAGGAAUAAACUUAAAAAGAAUUUAAUAACUUGGAGUGGAUAUUUUAUAAAAGCAUGUUGAAGAAAUCAUCAUAUUUUAAAACACAAAAGGCCAAGUAGAUACAAAGUAAUUUGGGCAAUGCAUUUAGAUACUUAGUCAAUGCAAUAACAUUAAAAAAAUUACUUUUAAUUACAAUUUUUAGGAAAAAACUUUACAUCUACAUCAAUAAUUACAAUAGUUAGAUAAAGAUAUCUAUCUUAACUUGUAGAUAGAUACUUCUACUAACAUAAAGCAACUCUCCGCAAUACUAAAGCAGAAUAAUAAAAUUAAAGAAAUCACUUACAAUGUAUAAUAAAAGCUUAACACAGAUAACUUCUAAAAUUUAAAAUUCUUUGAUCAAAAUAUAGGACUGUAGAAACUGCAUAUUUCUUCUGGGAACAAAUAAUUUACAGAGAGUAUUUUAGAAUAAUUAAAAGGCCUAAAAAAUAAAUUAACUAGCAUCUCAAUCAAUAUAAAUACAAGCAAUUAUCUAAAAUAUUUGAUACAAUUCUUAGAAAAUAACACCACUCUGAAAGAAUUAUCAUUAAAAAUAGAUUUCCAAUAGAAAUUCGGUAGGUUAAAUUAAGAUUUUAUAUAAAUUCUUCAAUAAGUAAAGUCCUUAUAAGUUCUAUAAAUCCAAUUAUUAUAAUCAAAUGAAUUUAAUCCAAAUAUCAACUAAUUUUACGAGCAACUCUCUAAUCUAAACAUAAAACAACUCGCUUUAACUUGUGUCCACCCUGAAAAUUUUAUCACUGAUAAUGUGAUUUAGAAGUUUAGCUAAAAUAAAUCUCUAGCCAUUCUUGACAUUAAAUUUUACGAUAACAGCAGGAUAACACCUAGUCAAGUAGAGUCAAUAUACGAAAAAAUACAAAUGAAAAGUAAAUAAAACUUGAAAGUAACUGUCUAUAAUCACAUAAAGCCAUAUUAUAAAUCUUACAUAAAUAACCUCAUGAAUAUCUAAAUUGAUAAACAAAUCAUUAGAAAAGUAGCCUUCAAUAAAUACAUAGCAGAAUUCAUGACAUAUUCUCCAGAACAUAUAUUCCUUGAUUUAUCGUAUGAUGAUUGA